AUGUCGGCGCCGCCGUUCGGCAAGAGGGACAGCUCAGCUGCUGAUGUGUCGGCGUUCUUCAAGUACUGGCAGUCGUUCGUGAGCUUGCGCGACUUUUCGUGGAAGGAUCAGUACAAUCGGGCCGAAGCUCCCAAUCGACGGGUGCGGCGGCUUAUGGAGGAAGAAAACGCGAAGCUUCGGCGGAAGGCGAAGCGCGAGUUCAACGAGGCGGUUCGCCAGCUGGCGGCGUUCGUGAAGAAGCGCGACCCGCGCGUGAAGGAGCAGCAGGCGGAGGCGCGGCGCGUGGCGGCGGAGCGCGAGGCGGAGGCGAAGCGGCGGAGGGAGGAGGAGCGGAGAGAGAAGGCGCGGCGCGCGCAGGAGUAUGAAGACCCGGAGUGGGCGCGGGGAGACGGGGAAGGGGAGGAUGAGGAGGAGGACGAGGAUGAGGAGGGGAAUGGAGUGGAGGGGCGUGGAGAGGGGACGGGGAGGCGGAAGGGGCGGAAGGCGGGGAGGGUGGAGGAGGAGGACGACGAUUGGUUUGAGGAGACUAAGAAAGGGGGGCGGAAGGGGAAAGGGAAAGGAAAGGGAGGAGGGGGGGCAGGGGCAGGGGCAGAUGGAUCCGUAACCGUGGCAAACGGGCAGGGCGACGGGCUGGGCUCGGAGAGAGGCGGAGGCAAGAAGAAAAAGAAGAAGGGCAGGCAGGGGGACGCACACACGGGGGGAUGCAGCGCGCAAAAGGGGGUGCGGGGGCAUGGGGCUGGGGAAGGGGAGGCGGAACUAGGUGAGGCAGGGAUGAAUGGGGAGGGUGCGGUGGGGAUGGGUGAGGCGGGGUUGGACGAGGCGUACUGCGUGGUGUGCAGCAAGGCGUUCAGGAGCGCGCAGCAGCUGGGGAACCACGAGCGCAGCAAGAAGCACCUGGCGCGCCUUGCGCAGCUCAGGGCGGAACUGCUGGCGGACGAGCUGGCGGGGGAGGAGGGGGAGGGGGAGGGGGAGGAUGAGGGGGAGGAAGGGGGGGAAGUGGAAGAGGAGGAGGGAGAGGAGGUGGAGGAGAUGGAGAUGGCUGAGGGGAAGGUUGGAGAUGGGGAUGGGGAUGGGGAAGCGGUUGGUAGGACAGAGAGUGAAGAGGACGAGAGGGAGGAGGGAGAGGUGGAGGAGGAAGAAGGGGAGGGGGUUGAUGGGUUGAGAGGGGUGGAGAAGGAGGAGGUAGGAAAGGAGGAAGAAGAGGAGGAGAAUGAGGAUGAUGAGGAAGAAGAGAGGGAAGAGGAGGAGGAGGAGGAGGAGGAGGAGGAGGAGGAGGAGGAGGAGGAGGAGGAGGAGGAGGAGGAGGAGGAGGAGGAGGAGGAGGAGGAGGAGGAGGAGGAGGAGGAGGAAGAGGAGGAGGAGGCAGGUGAGAUGGAUGAGGAGGAGGAGAUGGCAAUGCUGGCUGCGAUGCUGGCCCGACAGAAGAUGGCUGAAAAGAAAAAGAGGAACGAGAAGGCGAAGAAGAAAGCAGAGCAGGAGGAGGAAAGUGAAGAGGAAGAGGAGCAAGAGGAGGAGGCAGCGGCAUUGGCAGCAGAGGGUGAGAGCGGGGACACGUCCGCAGCGACUGAUGCAGAGGCAAGAGAGAUGCAGCAGAGUGACGGCGAUGCUCCCAUGCCUGCUGCUGCACCCUCUGCUGCCCCUGCUGCUGCACCCUCUGCUGCCCCUGCUGCUGCAUGUGGCUUGCAUGAGGCGGCGGAUGGGGUGGCAGCAGAGAGAGACGGGCAGGGGGUAGCAGCAGGUGACAAUAGUGAAGGUGACAGCAAGGAGGGUGGUGGGAAGGAGGGGAGGGAGAGUGAGGGAGCAGCGGGGGGAGGCGGGGAGGGGGAGGAUGAGGAGGAGGGGGUUACAAAGGGGAAGGGGAAGAAGGGGAGGCGGAGGGCAGCAAAGGGUGCGGGGGGAAAGGGCGGAGUUUCAGGGGGGAAUGGGGGAGUGGGGGAGGCAAGCGGGCCGAAAGCCACCCUUGGUGGUGGGGAAGGGGGCGGCAGUGGUGGCAUGGUGGACGGCUGGGGAGAGAAAGGGGGGAGGGGCGGGAGGGGCGGCAAGAAGGACAGAAAAAAGGGGAAGAACGCAGAGCCGGCACUGGCCUGUGGAGUGUGUGGUCUCGAGUUCGAUUCCAGGAACCAACUGUUCAAGCACAUAGCAACCAAGGGGCAUGCACAGCUCAAGACGUGA